AUGGACGCGGACGGGGCCCCGCGGGGGGAGGACAUGGAGGGCUCCUGGACGCUGGUGUCGCUGGCCGCCUCCCUGCUCAUGGUGUUCGGGGGGGCCCUGCCCUACGUCCCGCAGUUCCAGGAGAUCCAGAGGAGCAGCAACACCGAGGGCUUCUCCACCAGGGUGUUUGGGAAGCAGUUUGAGCUCACGCUGCUGCUCCAGAGCGUGGUGAUGAUCCUCACCAUGUUCGCCAUGCUGCACCUCUGCUGCGCCGUCCAGAACGCCAACCGGGUCAGCACCAAGCAGCGCCGGCUCACAGAUGCUAAAAAAAAAGAGUGCAAGUAA